UGAUGUACUGUAGUUUGAGUGAGAACCGUGUGAGGGUCCAUUCCCUUCAACUAGAUCAGUAACAACAUCAUUCAAUUCUGAUGCAUCUCACGUCACAAAGUAGAGACCCUUUAUAUAUAUAUCUAUAUAUGAUAUAUAUAUAUAUAUAUGUGAUAUUGUCCCUGCUUCACCUCAAAUUCAACCUGCUACUACUACUUUCUCAAUGACAACAUCAGAAGAAAUUUAUAGUUUAAAAUUUUUGAGCCAGCAUCUCUCAGGGGAUAUUUCAGACUCUUACCUCACCAAUCUCAUUCCUGUGAAACUUGAAGACUCAUCAUCAGAAUUUGACUUGGAUUCACUUUUCUCAGAACAGAGCAGCUUCUGCACUUUUCUUGAAAGCUUUAGCUUCCAAGCAGAUACAGAAGUUGCCAUGUCUCAUGAGGCAAAGAAUUCAAUUACACCGACUCAUUCAGGGGAAACCCAGAAGUCCAGUUCACCUGAACCAGAGGUUUCAGGGAAACAGGAGCAAACUUGUUAUCAGGGAAGGCGUUACAGGGGAGUGAGGAGAAGGCCAUGGGGUAAGUUUGCUGCAGAGAUUCGUGACCCAACAAGGAAAGGGACUAGAGUGUGGCUUGGAACAUUUGACACUGAGAUUGAUGCUGCAAAGGCUUAUGAUUAUGCUGCUUUCAGGAUGAGGGGUCGGAAAGCCAUAUUGAAUUUCCCUUUGGAGGCUGGGAAGGCUAGCCCAAAGCCUAGCAAUAGUGGAAGGAAAAGGGGGAGAGAACAGAGAGAGUCUGGUACAAGUUCAAGUCAUGUUAUGUCAUGAGAAUUCUCAGUUUCGUCAACUUCUCUUUCCUCGAUUCAAUUCUGAAAUUCAUAAACCGCUCGCUCGCGGAAACUUAUUUCCAGAGUUGAUUUCGACUUUAGAAUCAAGUAUAUAAGAAUUUCCAAACAUGUACACUUAGUAGUUAGUACAUGUUUUUGGGUAAAUUUUUUCUUUGUAUUUGAAGGGGAAGUCAAUAAUAGAUGCAAAUAGAGAUUGAGAUAGAGGCAUAGAGCCAAGCCAAGAGAAGAAUUGUGUGUUUACCCUGAAAAUCAUGGUUGCUGGCUAUGUCUGCAUAUUGUUUAGAAGUAUUUUGUGUAUGCUCUGAGCCCUAAGGGUACAGAAAAGUUGAAGCAAUGCAAAUAUGAAAGUUUCUUCUAAGGUGAGGAGGAAUUUUUUGAAACAAAAAUAGUAUUGUUUUCUUUUA